AUGCCUGCAAGAAUUUGUGUAGUAGGUGCUGGAGCAAGUGGCCUCACCGCUACAAAAACAUGUCUUGAAAAUGGUUUGCAAGUGGUAUGCUUCGAAAAAUCUUCUGAUAUUGGUGGAUUAUGGCGAUAUAAGCCAGAACUUUGUCCUGGUGAAGGUACGGUGAUGAAAAACACAACAAUCAAUACAUCAAAAGAGAUGACAGCUUUUAGUGAUUUUGUUCCACUACCUGAAAUGCCUAAUUUCAUGAAGCACACUCAAUUGUUGACAUAUUUUCGAUCAUACGCUGAUCAUUUUCAUUUGCAACAACAUAUCAGUUUGCGGCAUGAAGUGAUUUAUAUUAAAAAAGAUGAAAAAUAUGAAGAAACUGGCCGAUGGAAUGUUACAUAUCGUAUCAUUGACGAUAAUGUGACGCAAACUGAAACUUUUGAUGGAAUAUUGCUGUGCUGUGGUCAUCAUGCAAUACCGUACUGGCCGGAACAAUUCCCGGGACAGGAUAAAUUCCAGGGUGAAAUUAUUCAUAGCCACGAUUAUCGUGAACCGUUUCCGUACUGUGACAAGACCGUGGUAUUGAUUGGAAUUGGUAAUUCUUCUGGUGACAUUGCAGUUGAUUUGAGUAGAGUUGCCAAGCAGGUUUAUUUAUCAACUCGUAGCGGUGCUUGGGUGCUUAAAAGAACUUGGGUUUGGGGUGAACCAAUUGAUUUUGUUUUUGUUAGUCGCUACAUUCAUACAUUGAGAAAAUUAGUACCAUCCUGUUUGGUUAACAAAAUUUAUGAAAGCAAACUUAAUCAACAUUUUGAUCAUGGACGAUAUGGUUUAAAACCGAAACAUCAUGCCAUUGCACAACACGCUACUAUUAACGAUGAGCUGCCAGGUCGUAUCGCUUGUGGAUCUAUUAUUAUUAAACCGAAUAUUGCUCGUUUUACCGAACACGAUGUGAUAUUCGAGGAUGGUACAACGGUGAGUAAUGUUGAUGUGGUGAUCUUUGGUACCGGUUACUCGUUUGAAUUUUCAAUCGUUGAAGAUGGUAAUCUUAUACCUGUUACUGAUAAUGUUGCUGAUUUGUAUUUGCAUAUGUAUCCACCACAAUUAUCACCAAAAAAUACUCUAGCUGUAAUAGGUCUUAUUCAACCGGUUGGUUCCAUAAUGCCUAUUUCUGAAAUGCAAUCUCGACUUUACUGUGAAGUAUUUCUUGGCCAUUGCAAACUACCCGAAGCUGAAGAAAUGAAAAAAGAUAUUAAUAAAAAGAAGGCAUUGAUCGCAAAGAAAUUUGUGCAAAGUCAGCGACAUGCUUUAGAGGUUGAAUAUACAAGCUAUAUGGAUGAAUUGGCGAAAAUGUUUGGUGUGAAACCAAAUUUGCUCAAAUAUUGGUUCACUGAUCCUCGUUUAGCAUAUACUUUGUUCUUUAAUGGAAUGGCACCGUAUCAGUUUAGACUAAAAGGUCCACAUGCAUGGAUUGGAGCGCGUGAUGCAUUGUUAAAUAUGACAAGACGGACAUUCGAAAAUUCCCGCACACGACGAACUCCUGAAACAAUGAAAUCAAAACCGAUUAAUAAGUUACUCUAUUUGCUUAUAAUAAUAAAGCCUUUUUAA